AUGGCGUGGAUCGUUCUGACAUUUUUCUCCCUUGUCCGUAUUACUGCGGGUGUGCUGGUCAUCAUCGCAGAGAAAUCUUCCAAUCUUGGCGUAACAAUCGCUUCAGUUAUUUUCCUAAAUGCUGGCAUGAUCCCCUUGAUAGCAGCAACUUUGGGCUUGCUUCGAAUUAUAAUGGCUCUUGAGCAGAAUAUGAAUCGGCACAUUCGACAAUGCUUAGUUGCGGCUCGCAUUCUUUUCCUCGUCGGGAUUGGUCUUACUGUUGCAGGUGGAGCUCUGGAAGGGAGCGACACAGUCAGCGAUGCACUUACUGGCCAAAAGCUUGUCAAGACCGGAUACAUCAUUGUCGUGGUCGGUCUUAUCUCUCGGCCACCAGCAAAACGGUUUGUUGUCCAUGAUCCCGAUGUUUACCCAUCACCCAAAACUGAUGUUUUCUCUCAGGUACACAAUGCUACAAUCCUGGCUACACCGUUUAUCAUUGUUCGCAUCUCGUACCUGUUUCUGUCUGUGUACGAGCCAUCUGACCCGAGAUGGAAUGAUCUAAGCGGUCCAAUCGCCCCUUUUGUGACUAUGGGUCUGAUCAUGGAGUAUACGGUGGUUUGUGUUUACCUGGCCACGGGCUUCAUGAUUCCUAACUGGAGGAAUAUUGAGAAGCCAGAAAUACUCCUGAGCGAAGUGGCCAGAUGA